GUGUUGGCGCGCGUUCGGCACUCGACCUGUGAAAACCACGCCUAUGAAGCCACACAAUUGGUCCGAAAGCGUCAAAGAGCCAAUCAACAAGCCUCGGGCUCCCGCAGCCCACAGCGCAGCCCGACAGUCCAGAGCCGCCGAGCAGACGCCCGGGGAAUUCUAGAGGCGGAGGAGGGUGGCGAGCCCAAGGAAGACAGCCGAGUCCCCGAGGCAGGAGAUCGCAGGCACCCUUCGGUCGCCACCCAGACACUGCGCGCAGCUCGGAGCCAGCGAGGAGGAGCGCGAACCGAAGCCAGCUUCCCAGUUUUGAUAGCGCCGCUGGAAAGGGGCUAAAAUCGUUUGUUGUUGUUGUUGAUUUUUAAGGAGAGACUUUUCCUCCCCCUCCUUGAUCUCGCUGCCUGCGAAAGCCAGAGUCUAGCUCAACUAAGACGCCUCCUACGAGAGAGCCAGAGAAGAGAUAGGGGGCGGGGGAAAGGAGACGAAAAAAAGGUUAAAAAAAAAAAAAAGUCUCGGAGAACCUUGCGCUUUGGCAACAAAGAGCGUGGGAGCCGGGGAGCCACCCCGGGAAAGGGCUGCUGAGUCUAUUUCCAGCUAAGCCACAGGGCUCGGGCGUCAGUCGAGCCCCUGCUUGCUUCUCGCCCUACUGAAACCGACUUCCAGGAGCGGCUUUUCAAACACACUCCGCGCACCAGGACAGCCCCUGCAGCGGCGAUGUCUCCCGAUCUGUCGCCGCGUCCUCUCUAAAAGCGGCAUUCUCUCCCCCAAAAGACACUCCCCCUCCCUUUCGGACGCUUUCAUUGUAAAUCGCUCCCCUUCUUAUUUUAAACAAAAACAGAACUAUGUGUUGCUGUUGAAAUUUUUAUUAUUAUUAUUAUUAUUAUUUUUGAAAAGCGACAACAAAAGCGGAGCCAACCCAGCAGCUGCGGACUGGUUCCCUGUCUGGAGUGGAUGAGCCUCUCCAUGAGAGAUCCGGUUAUCCCUGGGACAAGCAUGGCCUAUCAUCCGUUCCUACCUCACCGGGCGCCGGACUUCGCCAUGAGUGCGGUGCUGGGCCACCAGCCGCCUUUCUUCCCCACGCUAACGCUGCCUCCCAACGGCGCCGCCGCGGCGCUCUCGCUGCCUGGAGCCCUAGCUAAGCCCAUCAUGGAUCAGCUAGUGGGGGCUGCGGAGACUGGCAUCCCUUUCUCAUCCCUGGGACCCCAGGCGCAUCUGAGGCCUCUGAAGACUAUGGAACCCGAAGAGGACGUGGAAGACGACCCCAAGGUGCACCUGGAGGCCAAGGAACUUUGGGACCAGUUUCACAAGCGGGGUACAGAGAUGGUCAUUACGAAGUCGGGGAGGCGAAUGUUCCCUCCAUUUAAAGUGAGGUGCUCUGGGCUGGAUAAAAAGGCCAAGUAUAUUUUAUUGAUGGACAUUAUAGCUGCUGAUGACUGCCGAUAUAAAUUUCACAAUUCUCGGUGGAUGGUGGCCGGUAAGGCAGACCCCGAAAUGCCAAAGAGAAUGUACAUACACCCGGACAGCCCUGCUACGGGGGAGCAAUGGAUGUCCAAGGUCGUCACCUUCCACAAACUGAAACUCACCAACAACAUUUCGGAUAAGCACGGAUUUACUUUGGCCUUCCCAAGUGAUCACGCAACGUGGCAGGGGAAUUAUAGUUUUGGGACCCAGACUAUACUAAACUCUAUGCAUAAGUACCAGCCCCGGUUCCACAUCGUCAGAGCCAACGACAUUUUGAAAUUGCCGUAUAGUACGUUUCGCACAUACCUGUUCCCAGAAACGGAAUUCAUUGCCGUGACUGCCUAUCAGAAUGACAAGAUAACUCAGUUAAAAAUAGACAACAAUCCUUUUGCAAAAGGUUUUCGGGACACUGGGAAUGGCAGGAGAGAAAAAAGAAAGCAGCUCACCCUGCAAUCCAUGAGGGUGUUUGAUGAGAGACACAAGAAGGAGACUGGGACUUCGGAUGAGUCCUCCAGUGAGCAGGCAGCCUUCAACUGCUUUGCCCAGGCCUCCUCUCCGGCUGUGUCCACCGUAGGGACAUCCAACCUCAAAGAUCUGUGCCCCAGCGAAGCAGAGAGUGACGCCGAGGCUGAAAGCAAGGAGGAGCACGGCCCCGAGGCCUGCGAUGCGGCGAAGAUUUCCACCACGACGGCCGAGGAGCCAGGCCGCGACAAGGGCAGCCCGGGCACCAGGGCGCAGCUGUUCCCCGCGGAAGCCAGCCGGGCCCGCGACACCGCGCGUCUGGACAAGGCAUCCCCAGACUCGCGCCACAGCCCGGCCACCAUCUCGUCCAGCACGCGUGUCCUGGGAGCGGAUGAACGCAGGAGCCCCGGACGUGAAGGGCUGGGCGCCUCCAAGGUGGAGGAGGCCCGUGCGCUGCCCGCCAAGGACGCCUUCGCGCCACUGUCGGUGCAGACGGACGCCACCGCGCACCUGGCGCAGGGGCCCCUUCCGGGCUUGGGCUUCGCCCCAGGCCUAGCCGGCCAACAGUUCUUUAAUGGGCACCCUCUCUUUCUGCACCCCGGCCAGUUCGCCAUGGGCGGCGCCUUCUCCAGCAUGGCCGCAGGCAUGGCGCCACUGCUGGCCACAGUGUCCGGGGCAUCCACCGGCGUCUCGGGCCUGGAUUCUACAGCCAUGGCCUCAGCUGCUGCGGCGCAGGGAUUAUCCGGGGCUUCGGCCGCCACCUUGCCCUUCCACCUCCAACAACAUGUUCUGGCCUCCCAGGGCUUGGCCAUGUCGCCUUUUGGGAGCCUGUUCCCUUAUCCCUACACGUACAUGGCUGCGGCGGCGGCGGCCUCCUCGGCGGCGGCCUCCACCUCCGUGCACCGCCAUCCUUUCCUCAACUUGAACAGCAUGCGCCCCAGGCUGCGUUACAGCCCCUAUUCCAUCCCGGUCCCCAUGCCUGACAGCAGCAGCCUGCUCGCCACCGCCUUGCCGUCCAUGGCUUCUGCCGCGGGGCCCCUAGACGGCAAAGCCGCCGCGCUGGCAGCCAGCCCGGCCUCGGUGGCCGUGGACUCGGGGUCCGAACUGAACAGCCGCUCCUCCACGCUGUCCUCCAGUUCAGUGUCCCUGUCACCCAAACUCUGCUCCGAGAAGGAGGCGGCUACCAGCGAACUGCAGAGCAUCCAGAGGCUGGUCAGCUGCUUGGAAGCCAAGCCAGACAGGGCCUGCAGCGGGUCCCCUUAAAGACAAAACAAAACAAACCGCCCCCCCCCCGCCCCUGCCCCAAAGGUCUCUCCAUUCCAGUUUGGUCAAAUCUGCCAGUGCACUUUGUUAAAUGUAAAAUAAACCAUGGGCCUUCCACGUGAGGUGAGCCGCAUCCCUUUCAGUUUUGUCUGGAUAGGAGUCCCACACUCCCUCCAGAGAGCGUGCUAGAGACCAGAGGCCCGGUCUUCCUGGGCUGUGGAAUCUGGCUGAGACGUGGGGGUUGGGGUGGGGGAAGGGGGCAGAGAGGCUUUUCUGUCCCGAGCGACUUCAGUGGAGGCUGGUGUGAGAAGUUGGGGCUGAGGAACCAGGCGGCCAGGCAGCCAGGGGAGCGGGUGUUUGAGAGACAUCGCCCGAUUCUCUUUUCUCCCCCUUCGUGUGUCAAGUGGAGUCAAAUAUUUUUCUCCUAAACAAGCAAACAAAACCAAAAUGGGGGCAAAGGAAGUCCCAUGGAACUGUCUCUGAAGACUGAAAACUCAACGAUUGCUGAGUACCUUUGCUGGGGAAGGGAGGGGAGGUCAGCGGCCUCGCCUGGUCUAUAUUAAAGGAACCCUGUGUCUUUUUUUUUUUUUUUUUUUUUAAUAUUGUGAUGUUUUAAGGGCCAAUACUGGUCUCUCUUUUUUUGCAUGUUACAGUUUUCUGGGUUUUAUUUUGGACGUUUUUGGUUUUUUUGUUUUUGUUUUUUUGCUUCUACAGAAAAACAAUGUAAGUCCCUUCAUCUUCAACCCUGCUUAAAUCAGCAACCCGGAGGAAGUGGGGUGAAAGGGAAGCUUUGGGGGUGAAACCAAUCGAGUUAAUUUUAUCUAAGUGCUGUAGAGGGCCUCGUGUGCCUGCCGGACCAUUAGAUCUCUUAACUGUAUAUGCAAUACCAAGGUUUUAAAAAGAAAUAAUAAAGAGGAAACACGACUAUUGGACAAAGUAUUUAUGUAAUUAUUUGAUAUCUCUUGUAAAUAGGUGGAAUAUGACAGCUCAGAAACUUAAACUUUAAUUUAUUGAAUUGUACAUAGCUGGUUGUAAAUAGGACUGUUACUGUCAGGUUUUAUUCUUGUUUUGCCUUUUUGGUUUUUAUUUCCAGGUUAGGAGAUGGCUAAUCCACACUAACAUAGGCUUUUGAUCCUCCAUCUACAUGCUUUCAAGUAGAGGUGGCUGCAAAGUUUGUUUGUUUGUUUGUUUGUUUGUUUUUUAAAUGUCCAAGAGCUGGUGGAGGGGGGCGGGGUUGGGAGUUUCCUAUUUUCACCAAAAUUGGGGAGGUACUGGCCCUUCCUGGCUCCACUUGAAAUUCCCUCAAGUCACUCCGGGGAAGGCUGAGCUUGCUGUGGGAGUGAGCUCAGAGGAGGCUGCCAUGUAACCUUCCUAAUUUUUCAUAAAUUCUGGCAUCUUCUAGCCCAAGUGAGGUUUGCCUGCCAUUGUUCAUCUUGGUGUUUUGGAUUGAUGUACAGAGAGUGAUUCAGUUCAAACAAACGACCAUUAAAGGCAAAACAAAACAAAAAAGUUAAAUAAAAAACGAAUAAAAAAAUCCAUGAAGGCAUAUUUUGUGUUUAGUCCUUGAUGAGUUUCUGUAAUUUCCCCCUCUCUAAAAACAUCACUGAAAUUUCAAUAAAUUUUUAUUGGAAAUGA